AUGCUCCGGACUCCCGAGCCGCGGCCCGGGGAGGCGGGGGCGGCCACCCAGGCCAAGCCGCUCACCUCCUUCCUCAUCCAGGACAUCCUGCGGGACUGCCCGGGCGGCCGGCCGCGGCCCCCGCCUCUGCCCCGCCAGCAGCGCGCCGAGCGGCCGAGCCCGGAGCCGGAGCCCGCGGCGGGGAGCGGCGGUGCGGACGCGCCGGAGGAGCGGGCGAGCGCCCGGCCCCGCGCCGCGCCCGGGGAGGCCGGGUCGCCGGCGGAGACGGAGCCAGAUAGGCCCUUGGAGACUUAUCUGCUGGACUGUGAGGACACUUCGGGCGCCUCGCCCAGCCUGCCCCACGCCCCCAAGCAGCCACAGAAACGCUCCCGGGCUGCCUUCUCCCACUCCCAGGUCAUCGAGCUGGAGAGGAAGUUCAGCCACCAGAAGUACCUGUCGGCCCCCGAGCGGGCUCACCUGGCCAAAAACCUGAAGCUCACGGAGACCCAGGUGAAAAUAUGGUUCCAGAACAGGCGCUACAAGACCAAGCGGAAGCAGCUCGCCUCGGACCUGGGCGGCCUGGAGAAGCACUCGCCCUUGCCGGCCCUGAAGGACGAGGGCUUCUCCCGGGCCCCCCUCAUCUCCAUGUACAACAGCUACCCUCACUACCCCUACCUGUACUGCCUGGGGGGCUGGAGCCCCCCUUUCUGGUAA